AGUCAUUCUUGUAUGACAUUUGGCACACCUUGAAUUUGCGGUUUUAUGCCGAGAACUGUAAUGAGCAGUCAGGGCAGAAGCUUUAUUUUCAAAAAUGUUGAAAUAUCCAUAUUAUAUUUUGGCAAUUCACGUUUCAUUGUAUGGAAAUCAACAUGAGUGCUGGUGAGGUGACGGUAGCUCUCCACUGCUCAUACUCUGCACAACUACUGACCCGGACUCACCGAAAUCCCCACCUUAACUACUAGCUUAUCACACAUUACUCUUACUACUAUUGGUGUUGGGUUACAAUUGUUACACUCGCAAAUUGCAUGCCAUUCGAUUAAUAACGAUGACGAACAGCAACAAUUCACUGCGCAAGUUCGAGUGCGACUUUUGCAAGAAGAGGUUCAUCGGUAGUAACGAUUUGCGUAAACAUAUCCGUACGCACACCGGAGAGAGGCCGUAUGUCUGCAACGACUGUGGAAGGGGCUUUCGACAAUCAGGGUCUUUGAAAAACCACAUCGCUUGCAAACACUCGUCGAGUUUGCAAGGGAGGGAGAUUUACGUAUGCAACCACUGUCAGAAGGCGUUUCCGUUGAAGGAAAGGUUGAAACUGCACAUGCGCACUCAUACGGGCCAGCGACCGUACGAGUGCGAGGUAUGCAACAAACGAUUUGCCAGAGGAGGUCAGUUGAUUCAACAUCAGAGAACGCACACCGGCCAAAAGCCCUACGUUUGUAAAGUUUGCGAUUCAUCCUUCACUUGUUCCGCAAAUUUGAAGCUACACAUGAACAGACAUUUGGAUAUCAGAAACUUCGUUUGUGACGUAUGCGGAAAGAAGUUUUUCCGACGAGAUGCGUUAAGAAAGCAUCUGAACUGCUAUCACGGGAAUGUUAAAGCGUUCCAUUGCAAAAUAUGCGAUAAGAUGCUGAAAGGUCACUUGACCCAGCAUAUGCGCAUGCACAAUCAAGACAAACCUCACGGUUGUGCCCAUUGCGGAUCAAGGUUCGCACAAAGAUCGCAACUAACCGUACAUCAACGCACUCACAGUGGCGAGAAGCCCUAUAGGUGCGAGGUAUGUUGGAAAGCGUUUGCACACUCUACCGCCCUUAAGUUGCAUACCCGAAAGCACACAGGCGAAAAGCCCUUCAAGUGCGUGCUGUGUGAAGCCAGCUUCACGCAGUUGCCGCAUCUCAAGAAACACAUGCUGUGCAUUCACAAAAGUAGCAAGCCGUACGUCUGUAGAUAUUGCAAGUCGUUUCAUCAGACGAAGAUGGACCUAGAGGCUCACUAUGUCGCAUGUAAACAUUACGCGGAACCUAAGAUGCCGGACGUCAAGCUUAACGACAAAGUCCUGGAGACUCCGAUGCCUGUAGAGAAAAUGAGAUUCUUGCUGGCGAUUUUAUUGAAAAAGAUCUCUGUGCCAGAGAGACUGCAGGAGUUGGGAUUUGAUAAAAAGUUGAUCGAUGAUGUACUGAUAGAAUCCAUAAAGAAUUCGGGAAGAGAACCCUGCACAAAUUCUGAGUUGUCCGUAGGAGAACGAUUGAAGAAGAAUGUCACGAUUCUUCUAGAAUGGACUGUUCCGAAGUCGUAUAUGGAAAAGUUCAAGCUGGAACGUCGUUCAACAGAAGAGUUGCUGGAAGAACUGACUUCAUAGAAAUUUGAAGUAACUAAAAAGCAGGUCGUGGAAAACUGUAUUUUACGGGACAAAUAGUUAUACUGAAAAAAAAAAACGCACAUACCAGAUGUCAUGUCAUACUCUGACUGUUGUCUAUAAAUCUGAACAGAUUCUUUUGAUGUCUCCAAAAAUGCGGUUAUUCUCGACGGCGUUCAUUUUCUAUUAAUGCAUCUAAGCAAUUAUCAAAAUUUUAGUACCUGUAAAAUAUUGAACCAUUAGAAUUGAUAUACUAUUUUUCCUACAAAAUCUCUUCGGUAGUUUUAGUCACAUUUACUUGCCUCUAACUAUACCAAAGGUUGUAGCUAUUAGUAGUUAGUACUGUGAUGAAAGCAUGGUCGUUCUGACUUUCUUGAUUCAAUUUCGCGUUUUUAUUUUUUUUAGGGCGUUUGACUGCUGUUUUGUCAUAGUAAGGUGCGUAGUUUUCUGGGAUUGUGAACCACAUCCUUUUAUAGAUAUUAAUUAUACUUUAAUUUGUGAUAUAACUAAACUCCUGAAUAAUAGAAAUCAUAUACCCCAUUAGUCAAAUAAUAGCAAUCCAAAUUCCACAGACUUUGAUAGUGAUACAACUUGAAUAUUUGAAGUUUUUAACAUCUGAUAUUUUGAAUAAAAAAAGGAGCUGUAAUACCAUUUUGGAAGUUUAGUUAUUUCAACAAGACUGCAAUGAUUAAGAAGUUUCGUGCUGCAAAUGUAAUUUCGUACUAUGUUUACUUUUUGUAUCUGCCUUUAUUGAGUUACCAAAGAUUAGUGCAAAAAUAUAGUUUAAGUUUUGUUGGUAUUUAGAGAUAUAUAUUUUUCUUAUGUAUUUGGCCGACUGUAACACCAAAAACUAGGUGUAGUCGACCUUUGGGGUUUGUUCAGAAAACAAUGUAAUUCUUUUCUAUUUUCAUCAGAGGUUAGCAGUGAAAAUAGUGUGUAUUAUUAAUAUUGCUACUGGAAGAAAAAUUAGCAGCAUUUUCACAAAAACUUAUUUUCUUAGAGAGUGUUAUAUACUGCCAUAUAUUAUCACAUUUAAUUGUUUGGUCAUUUUUUUGAUUGAAACUGCUUGCUAUAAAAUAUUUGGACCGUAUUUACACAUUCUUAAUUUCUGUAAUCUUUUCUUGUUUCCUAUAUAUGUGUGCCAUAAAUGAUUUUGAAUUUCCUUGUUUACUUUUAUACAAAAACUGAUUUUAGUUAGCCUUGUUAGAUACCUAUUCGUAAUAAAAAGUAGAGAAAUAAAU